UCCUAACACUCCACUCAAAUCAGAGCCCUAAAAUGGGGAAUUCAACUUAAAUGAUGAUGAUAAUGAGCUUGCUAGCCAGAUAUAGAGAAUAUGCAUUUGUCCAACAUAGGCCAUCUCCUGCUCCCAUGGCUAUGCUAAACAAAGCAUAUUUUCCAUGAAAGAUUUCCCCACCAUUUUAAUGAGAUGGCCCCUUUAAGUAUUAGUCACUCAGACAAUGGAUGUUGAAGCAAACAUGUCUACCAAGAAGAAAGACCUUCUCUCCACUGCCAUGAAGAGAACUAGUGACUGGAUAUUUUCACAGGAGAUUCCAAGUGAUGUAACUGUGACUGUUGCUGGAACUUCCUUUUCUUUACACAAGUUUCCGUUAGUUUCCAAAUGCGGAUACCUGCGGAAGCUGGUGUCGGACUCCUCCGACGCGGCGGUCUCCACCGUGGACAUCCCCGGCGUUCCCGGCGGCGCGGACGCGUUCGAGCUGGCGGCGAAGUUCUGCUACGGGAUAAACUUCGAGAUCACGACGGAGAACAUCGCGAUGCUGAGGUGCGUGGCGGAGCAUCUCGAGAUGACGGAGGACUACGCGGUGGGGAAUCUGGUGGCGCGAUCGGAGGCGUAUAUAAACGAGGUCGCGCUGAAGAGCCUCGCCGGCGCCGUCUCCGUCCUGCAUUCCUCCGAGGACCUCCUCCCCACGGCGGAGAAGGUCAAGCUAAUCAGCCGCUGCAUCGACACGGUCGCGUUCGUCGCCUGCAAGGACGCGCAAUUCGCCUCGCCGGACCCCGGCGCCGCCUCCUCCGCCCCUCCCGCCGUCGAUUGGUGGGCGGAGGAUCUCACCGUGCUGCGAGUCGAUCUGUUCCAGCGAGUCCUCAUCGCGAUGAUGGGGAGAGGCUUCAAGCAGUAUGCCCUAGGCCCCAUUCUCAUGCUCUACGCCCAGAAAUCCCUUCGAGGUCUGGAUAUAUUCGGAAAGGGGAGGAAGAAGAUCGAGGCGAGGCAAGAGCACGAGAAGAGAGUAGUGCUGGAGACGAUCGUCAGCCUCCUCCCACGGGAGAGGAACGCCAUGUCGGUGAGCUUCCUCUCGAUGCUUCUCCGCGCGGCGAUAUUUCUAGAAACGACGGUGGCUUGCCGCCUGGAUUUAGAAAAGAGGGUGGCGACGCAGCUUUCGCAGGCGGUGCUGGACGAUCUCCUCAUCCCUUCCUACUCCUUCACCGGCGACACACUCUUCGACGUGGAAACAGUGCAGCGGAUCGUCGUCAACUUCUUAGAAGCAGAAACAGAGGAGGAAACCGCGGCGGCGCAACACAUCCCGGAGGAAUUAGAGCGUGUGACCAAAUUGAUGGAGGAUUACCUCUCCGAGCUCGCCUCCGACCGGAACCUCUCUGUUUCGAAGUUCACUUCCUUAGCAGAGCUCAUCCCUGAGCACUCGAGAUCAACAGAGGAUGGAAUGUACAGAGCAAUCGACAUCUACUUGAAAGCUCACCCUGCUUUAAGCGAUAUGGAGAGGAAGAAAGUCUGCAGUGUGAUGGACUGCCAGAAGCUCUCCCGGGAAGCCUGCGCCCACGCAGCUCAGAACGACCGGCUCCCGGUGCAGACGGUGGUGCAAGUGCUCUACUACGAGCAGCAGCGUCUCAGGCAAGUGAUGGAUGGGGGUUUGAACGAGUCCCCUGCUCUGCAGCCGAAGCUCCCGAGCUACACUGUCUCGGACGAGCUCUCGAUUCUGCGGAGGGAGAAUCAGGAUUUGAAGCUGGAGGUGGUGAAGCUGAAGAUGAGGAUGAAGGAGAUGGACAGAGCUUCUCAGAAGCCAGCAACCGUCACGGGCACGGCCACGAGCAGUCCGUCUACGGAUAAGCCGCCUCUGGCGCCUAAGAAAUCGUUCAUAAGCUCGGUGUCGAAGAGGCUCGGGAGGAUAAUGAGGGCGGAUGGGCUGACGCCGCAGGGUUCGAAAGGGAGGACGAAGCCUAAUAAGGACAGGCGCCAUUCAAUAUCAUGAUCAUACAUUAUUUGAUGCUGCUGAAUUUAGUAAGUUUGUUUCAGUUUUGUUGGUGAAUUGAACUCAUUAUUUGUGUGGUGUAUAUGAAUGUAAAAUUUAUAUAUGCGUGUGUGUGUAUGUAAAUUAUGUUGUGGAUUUGGAUUUUGGAGUGAUCAUGAUGAAAGAUGAAUUUUGAUGCA